GAGACGAAGAGGCCAUUGAUACCAGGUUCGAGGUCGCUCAUCAGCUCUAUCAGGAACACAAACAUGGAUCAUCUGCCGGAGGGUCGGCAAAUACGUACACCAGACCCGCUCCGUGCCGGGAUAAAGGUACGUCACUCAUCCCUCAAACCCCGUAACCCCGCAUCCGACCGCCGAUAAGCAACCCCACCCGCCAUCAACCUCCGUUCUCUCCCCCGGAAGACCAAGUUCCUCAUCUCACCGACAACAAAACAAGACUCACAAAACCAUCGAAGCUCACUCAACUCUCCCCCGACCUAAGAAUCCACACAGCACAAUUCUCACAGCCCUCACUCCAAGAACAUGGCCCCCUCCUUCCACAUCACAUCCGCAAACCCAACCCUCCACUGGUCAAGCAAAACCCCUCCCCUCCUCACCGUGCCCCAAAACCAGCCCGUAACCUUCGACCUCCACGACUCCUCCGGCGGCCAAAUCACCCCCUCCACAACACCAACAUCCCUCGCGACCCUAAACCUCGCAACCUUUGACCCGAUCCACGGCCCCGUCGCCAUCACCGGCGCAUCCCCAGGCUCCGUCCUCGAAAUCGAAUUCCUCUCCCUCAAACCCUCUACGUGCUGGGGCUGGACCGCAAUUCUCCCAGGCUUCGGGCUAUUAGCAGAUGAAUUCCCAAAUCAUGUUAUUAAGCACUUCCAAUGGGACGACGACGCGACGCAUAUUGUGUUUAAACCAGGUAUUAAGAUCCCGCUCCGUCCGUUUCUGGGAAUAGCGGGGACGGGCGGGAAUAUAGAUUGUAAACACAUCACGGCCGGAACGAAACUCUACCUCCCCAUCCGCGUCCCGGGGGCGAACUUCUCCUGCGGGGACGGGCAUGCCGCGCAAGGGGACGGGGAAGUCUGCGGCACAGCGAUCGAGACGCCUAUGAAAGCUACGUUGAGGUUUACGGUGCGUGAGGAUAUGCCGUACGUUACGAGUCCGCACUAUGAUACGCGCGGAUCGGUAUAUGCUCGCGGCCAUAAGACCGAUGAAGGUGGCGUGUAUGCGGUGCUGGGUAUUGAUUCUGACUUGUUGGAGGCGAGCAGGAAGGCGUUGAGGAGUUUGAUUGCGUAUCUUGUUGCGGAGAGGGGGCUUGAGAGGGAGGAGGCGUAUAUGCUAUGCAGCAUUGCGGCCGAUUUGAAGAUUGCGGAGAUUGUGGAUAUGCCGAAUUUUGCGGUAUCUGCGAGUAUCCCUUAUUCUAUAUUCGAGGAUGAGCCUUAA